AUGUGGACCACUCUAGAAGAGGUGCAGGCUCGCCUGGAGGAUUCCGAAGAAGCUGAGGAAGUUGCAGCUACUGAAUGUGUUCCUCGAGUCGUUGCCAGCGCAUCCACCCCCGGAUCUCGUGAAGAUGUGUUCCUUUUUACAGUUUUGGUGAAAGUCGUCGACGCGUACGCCAAUAAUCUACCAAUUUUGGUGGACAGCGUGUUUGGAUGGGUCGUUACGGGUUCCGCUAACCUGGUUCAUCCCGCUCAACAACGAUUCCCCAGUCCCAGCGUCGUCGCAGUCUCCAUGAUGACCCUCGAAGAAAGCAUGGAACGAUUUUGGAAAACGGAGGAGCUGACUGUUUGUGAUAGUUAUUCCCUAGAAGAACGUCAUUGCGAGCAGGUUUACCAAUCCACUACCUCAAGGGACGAAAACGGUCGUUACAUCGUAUGCCUACCAAAGAAAGCUGAUUUUGAUGCGAUGCUUGGAGAUUCCAAGAAUAAUGCUCUUCGGCGUUACGAUCAGCUCGAACGUCGCCUUGAUCGAGACUUAAAAUUAAAAGAAGAGUACCACGCAUUUAUGAAGGAGUACCUCUCCCUCAGCCAAAUGCGGUUAGUCGAGACGGACGACGCUACUUACUAUCCAACAUAUUAUUUGCCCCACCACCUCGUGAUGAAGGAGAAUAGUACUACCACAAAGGUAAAAGUCGUCUUCGAUGGUUCAGCUCGUACUUCCACUGGCUUCUCAUUGAACGAAGCACUAUGCGUGGGUCCGGUGGUCCAAGAUGACCUUCUUUCCCUCAUCCUGCGAUUUCGCACUUAUCCGGUUGCCCUUGUCGGAGACAUCGCUAAAAUGUACCGGCAAGUAGACGUGCAUCCAGAAAACCGAUCUCUGCAAAGUAUUCUGUUCCGAUUCUCCAACGGUACUCCUGUCCAGAUUUACGAACUUCUGACCGUAACUAGAGAUGUCGCAAAUUAA